CGCUCUAUCACUUGUCACUUGUUGAAACUCGAGAUCCAGCCAGCCACUACUGAGAGGCAGUGACGAUGCCGCGUGAUGAUCUUAUAACGCGACGCCGCCCUGCUCGUGCUCCACACCCUCCUCCACGACCCCAUGAUCUCCACCCGCCUUGAGCAUUCGCAUCCCCUCCACGACCCCGCGACCUAAACCUAAGCCAUACUCGACCACGCACCCUACGGCCAAGAAGCCCAGGAACACACGCGAGCACCACGCUCUCCAGACCACGCUCCCUAAGCCAGACUCCACCUACAUAUCACCAUGGGCCCCGAAAGCAUGGCCGCGAUGGCUGGUCAGGCCAGACAACGCAUGCAGCAGAACGAAGAAGACCGCGAAACCCGCUCUCUAGGAGGGUUUGCAGAGAUCGAAGCCGCCAUGCCUGCGCUUACGAGCCGCUUCCAGUUCUCCCUCAAGGACAACCUCUCCUCGUACCUCGGAUCCAAGAACCCCUUCUACAGCUAUGUCGACCCAGAGGAGCACAAGGUGUGGGUUUUCAACAACACUGCCUACGAGCUUAAUGGCGAAGCUGGAGACUGGCAGGCGGAAUUUGUUGCAGCCAUCUUCCUCAAGGGAAGCGGCAAAGAUAUAAGCAAAGUGGUGGCAGAUAUCGCUGAGAAGAUCGGCCUGGCAGGUAACGAGGAGGCUGAGAAGACCAUUGCGAAGAGACUCGAACCGUUCCUCGAUGCCAUCGUACCAGCACACGCGGUCAAUAUCAACUUUCUGGGCAACGACAAGAUAAGACUUGGGCCCAGCGGACGGAACGGCGUCAGCAGCGAUGUAAUUACCCUCCCCCAGGGACAGUAUCAAGACGGCCAAGUCUCGACUUCGAGUGCCAUCAAAGCAGACGCCAAGGACUUCGAGACCGUCUUUGCGAGUCCUAAGGGCUGGGCCGUAAUCAGCGAUAUUGACGAUACAAUCAAGAAGACAUUGACAUCUUCAGCCGUCGGGAUCUUAAAGACAACAUUUGCAGAAGAGCCAGAAGCUAUAGCAGGCAUGCCAGAGCUUUACAAACACAUUGUAGAGAAGCUGGAUGUACCACCCUUCUUCUACCUCUCCGCGUCCCCGUACAACUUGUACCCGUUCCUACAUGACUUCCGUUCGACCUAUUACCCACCUGGCACCAUGAUCCUAAGAGACGCAUCGUGGAUGAAUCUCGCUGGACUCUUGACUGAUCUCACCCAGGGGACGCAGGCCUACAAGACGGAUCGCAUCGAAAAGAUCCACGGCUGGCUCCCAACUCGGAAGUUCGUCUGCCUCGGCGACAAUACUCAGACCGACCCUGAAUCCUACGCCGAGAUGUACCGAAAGUACCCUGGCUGGAUUGGAGCAAUCUACAUUCGAAAGGUCACCGGCGUAGCUGAGAUGGAUGAGAGCAAGAAGAACAGCUCGGAGAGGUUUGAGAAGGCGUUCAAGGAUGUGCCACAGGAUGUGUGGUAUGUUUUCGAAGACGCGAAUGAGCUCUAUGCGAAGGUGGACACGCUGGUAUCGGCAUGAGUGCUUGAAGUAUGCAUGAUCAUUUUCUCUCCUCGGUAACAUGGUGGCAUUUUGUUUGCGGCGCUCAUUUUACAACCAAAGGAUGAAUCAACGAAUCG